AUGAAAUAUUUGAACAAAAUAUUGAAUGAUAUUCAAAAGGUUGAAUCUGAUAAUCAACACUUUUCUUUCUACAAAUUAAUUGUCAUUUUAUCUCACACACCUCCAGCUCAUCAAGUACAUAUUAAAUAUUCUAUCCAAUUUUUAAAAAUUGAUACCGGUAUUAUAUAA